AUGCGAGCAGCCAGUGAGGCCCGUGGCUCCCACCCAUUGCUCCUGGACAGGCGGGGUUCCUGGGGUGCACCCACAAUCCAGUCGCCACCACUGCCCCUGCUUCACUGGGGCCCUGGGAACCCCUGCGCAAGGGGCUCCCGCCUCUGCGGCUGGAAGUUGUACUCCCUCUAUGAGGGACAGGUCUCGGGCAGCCCCGGUCGCAGCCCGGGUCCCAGCCCGGGCCGCAGCUCUCUCAGGAUCCUUGCUCCCCGGCAAGGCUGCUACCGGCCUGCAGCCCACCAGCUCGCCUCACAUUGGCAGGCCACUGUCCGUGUACCCCGGCAGCGCCUCCACCACGAGCCUGCUGCCAUGCCAGGCCCCACAGCCACGUCCGGCACCGCUCGGCAGCCCCUCUGUGUCAUUUUUUUCGUUGGUGGGCUGUGGGGUUCUCCUGAGGAUGGACGGACAGAGUCCCAGACAGGAGGACAUGGCCUGCCCAGCCCCACCGCGGGCACCAUCGGCUCCACACAGGCCAGCGACCUCCAAUUUUUCCUCAUCCAACGAAACGGCUCAGAGUCCAUUCUGCUGCCCAUCCCCCCAGAUGCCAUCCAGGCAGAAGCCGAGGAGACACCCCCGCCCCUCCCUGCCUCCCUCGCCCCCUCCCACUUCUCCCACCCUCUUGACCCGGCGUCCUGUUUCCCUCCCGCAGGAGUGAACCGACACUUCCACAUGAUUUGUAUCCGAGACAAGUUCAGCCAGAACAUCGGUCGGCAAGUCCCAUCCAAGGUCAUCUGGGACCACCUGAGCACUAUGUACGACAUGCAGGCCCUGCAUGAAUCUGAAAUUCUUCCCUUCCCGAAUCCAGAGAGGAACUUCGUCCUUCCAGAAGAAAUCAUUCAGGAGGUCCGAGAAGGAAAAGUGCUCAUUGAGGAAGAGGUGAAAGAGGAGAUGAAGGAAGAUGUGGACCCCCACAGCGGGGCUGAUGAUGUUUUUUCAUCUUCAGGGAGCUUGGGAAAGGCAUUAGAAAAAUCCAGCAAAGACAAGGAGAAGAACUCCUCAGACUUGGGGUGCAAAGAAGGGGCGGACAAACGGAAGCGCAGCCGGGUCACCGACAAAGUCCUGACUGCAAACAGCAACCCCUCCAGCCCCAGCGCCGCCAAGCGGCGUCGAACAUAGCCACUGGCAGCGCGGGAGAACGCUGACGCUGCGGUCCUUGCUGCCUGCUUGGGGGCCCUGGGGAAUGUGGCCAUCCAGAGAGGCGCCUGUGUGGGUCCCACCAAGUCAUGGAGGCCCCAAUGAACCCCAACAGCCAGGAUGAGAUGCACACAGAUGGUGAGGCCCCUGAAACCAUCUUGUAUUUUUCCUGACUGGCCACCACUCUGCAAGAGGGGAGCGGGGGAACGGAGCCAGAAGACCAGGAGUCCACAAGCAAUAAACCGCCAUCCUCACUGUCUUCCUGCGCACCCGGCCUCUGCAUCUGCUUGGCCCUCUGCGGCUCCUCUGCACCGACAUCUGCGGAAUGAGAACGUGCGUGGAGGCCACCACACCGCCCUGGUGGCCGCCCUCCCCACUGGGGAACAAACUGGAUUUUUGCCUCAUUCACUUGUACUGUAAUGUUGUAUAUAAUUUGGUUGGUACUUCGUUAUUUAAUUUUUUAAGAAACCUAUUUUGCUAGUGUUUUAUAUGAGAAAGUACUGCAAAUGUUAAACCUGUGUUGUAUUUUUCCUGAGGUGUUUUGUUUUAAGGUAACAACUACUGAGAUACUUUUUGCUCAGUUUUUAUAUGCCAGAAACAGAAAUUUGUAGCGGUUAUUUUUGUAAUUCUAGUAACCUGCAAGAAGACUAUGAGAGGACGCAGUGCUGGUUGAAGUACACUUUCAUUUGACUACAGAACAUUAAAAGUGCAGAGUUGA